GUGUGUGUGUGUGUGUGUGUGUGUGUGUGUGUGUUGGAGCCCCAGCCCUGCGACAUGCAGCACUGCGACGCGUGCACUGAUUUGACCAUAAGGCUGCAGUGAGCCAGGCUUCUCUUUGUUUCACCAUGACCAGAACUACACAGCCCACGACAGAUCCAUAACCUAACGGCCACACACACCACAAGCACAUAGAUCAUUGUCUACCCCAGGGGCAAAAUAAUCACAUUUAGAGGUACCCCUUUAAGUGAAUGAUAUAUCCUAUACCCCUAAAUAAUUUCAAUUAGUCUCAGCAUUAGAUGCGGAGGGGUAAAGUGCACUCCCAUAUCAUACAGGUCCACAAUUACACUAAAGGAAUUUGGUUUGGUGCUCUUAUAAUAAUUUCUCACAAUCGCAAGCUUCUUUCUUUUUCAUUUUUUACAUUCCUUUGUCUUCCUGGUGGAGGGGGAACUGUGGACGCAAAACCAUUAGUAACAUGAUGGAAGUCUAAAUGUUCGGUCAUCAUGCCGUCCGUGCAUUCCAUCAGAAAACAGUCUGAAGGGCUGCUGUCCGAAGCCUGUAGAAACACCAGCACUGAGCACUACCUGGCAUGGCUUGGAAACGCUAAACAGGAUUUAAAUUGCAUUAAUGGAUCCUCGGUCCUAUUCUUAGCUUCAAAUCUCUCUCACCCUUCGGCCGUUGACAAGUGUCGGAGCUGCUGAGACUGUUCAGUGCUUUCCGUUGAGCAUAUGGAGAUAAAUGUAUAGCUGCUGUACGUAGAACACCGGCGUGAAACACGAGAGCCUGUUUUCCCUCGCCUCGGUAAUGGGAUAAGACCGGGCUCACGUGAGUCUUGAUUGUUUUGCAGAUUGCGAUGUAUUUUUCGUCCGUUCCUUUCUAAAUUGAACGACAGUUAAAAAAAAUCCGUGAUUGACGGUGAAAUAUACUGAUGUAGGAUUCAGUUAAAUGUACAAAUACUAAAUCGUUUUUUCCCCCGGUAUGUCUCAGUGUGUUAGGCGUCAAUGGGUAUUAGACACAAAGAAGGUGUUAGCCAUAAUCAAGUCUCUCUGGAAACACGCGGGAAGUAGAGGCGGCUGUCGCUGAAUGGACAAACGUGUCUUUUUGUUUCAGUCGAAACGUUUGUUCGGCAUCAAAAGCACAACUCAGAACUUGUCCCCCUCACUUCAAAACCCUGCCCCGCGGAAACCGGGGGAGCUGGAGAGGGGCGGAGGUCUGGGAAGAAGCUACAGAAAGAAAGCAGCAACGAAUCUGUGGUCUGCAAUUCGACUCCCACGUCCACGUUUGUUUCUGGUCUGCGGCCGUUCGGAAAAACGGUAGUUUUCGAGGCGUAAAGACAAUCAGAAUACUGUCAAUUCUGGAUUUCUUUAUCCGAUUCCUGGCGUCCAAGAUGAGGUUUAAAAGGAAUGGCUCCUAUACGUUAAAUAGGAAGUCCAAGACGAAGCCCAACGGGAAGAAGCCCCCGGCGGAAGAGAAGAAGCAGUACCUAGAGCCAGAGUUCACAAAGAUCCGCGUGCUGGACUUUGACGUCAAGGAGCUGGUGGUGCUGCCCAGGGAGAUAGACCUCAACGAAUGGCUAGCGAGCAACACAACGACGUUCUUCAACCUUAUCAACCUGCAGUACAGCACCAUCUCCGAGUUCUGCACCGGGGAGACCUGUCAGGCCAUGACCGCCUGCAACACGAUAUACUACUGGUAUGACGAGAGGGGGAAGAAGACCAAGUGUACCGCCCCGCAGUACGUGGACUUCGUCAUGAGUCUUUGUCAGAAACUGGUCACAGAUGAGGAGAUCUUUCCCACAAAAUACGGCAAGGAGUUCCCCAACUCGUUCGAGUCGCUGGUGAAGAAGAUCUGCCGGUACCUGUUCCACGUGCUGGCCCACCUGUACUGGGCCCACUUCAAGGAGACGGUGGCGCUGGACCUGCAGGGACACCUGAACACUCUGUACGCACAUUUCAUCGUUUUCGUCCGGGAAUUCAACCUGGUGGACCCCAAGGAGACCUGCAUCAUGGACGACCUGUCCGAGGUCAUCUGCACCCCCGCCCCCCCCGCGCCGCCAGCCCCCCCCUCCGCCACCACCUCCUCCUCCUCCCCUUCCUCACAAAACCACGUGACGGAGAGAUGAGCAGGCCUGGAGGCGGGACUCACCAUCCCCCCCCCCCCCCCCCCCCCCGCUUCCACAGGGUGGGGAGAAGAACAGAUAGCAGAGAGAGAGAGAGGAAGAGGGAGGGGGAGGAAGAGAGGUAGAGGAAGAGAGAGAGAGAGAGAGAGAGAGGAGAGGAGAGGCCUGGCUCUGAGCCAGCAGGACCUGGAGCCCUCCCCCCCCCCCCCCCCCCCCCCAUGUUUCGCUCUGACACCCACCCAGCAGCCGGGCCGCAGAGGGGGAGGGGGUUUCUUGUCCUGGGGGGGGGGGAGGGGUUAGUCUUGCCAGCAGGAAAUGGCGUGAGCGUUCCUCCUCAGGGGUCAAACAGCCCCCUCCCGUCUCCUCCCCUCUUUAACUAGGAACAGAAACUAUGUGCGUUUUAUUAUUUUCUUGUUUAUGUUGGAGUUUUAUUCAGUUCUCGUUUUUAUUUUAUUUCUCCUUUUUCCUUUUUGUUCGUUGACCCGUGUCGGGGCCGGUGGGUCGGUGAGGCCCCCCCCAACAAGGCCCUCUGCUUUGCUUUGUACAGUGUUCAUGUGUCAUGUGUGGGUGAAACCAUCUCUGUUAAGCCGAGGGCGCGCCACCGCCCCCUAGUGGCGCACCACCGCCCCCUAGUGGCGCGCCACCGCCCCCUAGUAGCGCGCCACCGCCCUCUAGUGGCGGGCCACCGCCCCCUAGUAGCGCGCCACCGCCCUCUAGUGGCGCGCCACCGCCCCCUAAUGGCGCGCCACCGCCCUCUAGUGGCGCGCCACCGCCCUCUAGUGGCGCGCCACCGCCCUCUAGUGGCGGGCCACCGCCCUCUAGUGGCGCGCCAGCGCCCUCUAAUGGCGGGCCACCGCCCCCUAGUGGCGCGCCACCGCCCUCUAGUGGCGGGCCACCGCCCUCUAGUGGUGCGCCAGCGCCCUCUAAUGGCGGGCCACCGCCCUCUAGUGGCGCUAGUCAGAAUGGACGUAGAAGGCCACCGUGCUGAACAGUCGGGAGCCACAUUAUUGCCUAAUGCGGGGGUUGGGGGGCGAUAUACUAGCCAAUCACUGUUUGUGUUGUUGAAAGCGCUUCCUACUCAGGAUAUGAGAGAUUAUGUCACUGCUGCCGGAGGGAGGCCUCUCCCUCUCCCUCUCCCUCUCUCUGCCGUGUUUCUUUCAUUUAUUACGAUGCUCUCUCGCCCUCACGUUGUCCCCUCGGUCUCACGUAACACCAAACCGCUCCCCGUCCUCCAUAUUUACAGACGUCGAUGAUGUAUAACUACAGCCACAUAUUUAGCGGGUGCGUCCCUACGAGCUGCCCCGCCCUAGUGACCCCGCCCAUGUAGGGCAGCGUAUCCACAGAGUGGCGGCGCCGUCGGAGCAGGGAGAGCGAAAGGAGAAGCUAAAGAUUGUAUGAUAGAAGAUGUACUCUCCCCGGGGAGCCGCUCGCUACCAGGAAGACUGCACCGCUCUGACCCUGUCCCAGGGGGGCUGUCGCCGGCCCACCCAGGGGGGCCAGAGCUCCACAGGGGUGCGGGCGGGGGGGGGUCCCCUAACCCCCAGUCCCUUUAGCUCAAGGACAAGGACAUUCUGCAAUGUCCGCAGGCCCCGGCGGAGGGUGGGCAAGGGUGGGGGGGUGGGGAGGGGGGGGUGCUGGGUGCUGCUGCUCCUCCGGUCUACUCUGCUGUUUCUGUAUCACUGAAGUCCCAGGAAAUGACAUCGUCCUCGCGGUUCCUCCUUAGCGCCAACGCAAAACGUUAACCUCCUUUUUUGUUUUGGUUUUCUUUUAAGAUGGAUAUUUCUUCAUCUUUUUUACGUUUUUCAUUCAGAAAACAAAGGAAAUGAGGCGACUUCAUAGGAGGUGACGGUGUGGACGGUCGCGGCCGCGUCGCCGUCGUUACACUUGUAUAGAAAAUGCACAUUCUGCUUGGACUUCACUGUACGGCAUGGCCAGCAGCUCCCCUCUGAUUGGAUGAUUCUCCUUUUUAGUUUAUUUAUUUUUUUGUUUUUGUUUGCAGGGUUCCUCAGUUCUGGCUUUUAUUUUUAUGUAUUUUAAUUAUUAACUAAGUUAAAAGCAAUUAAAUAUUUUAAACUCUGCAGAUUAUAAUCUAAUAAAAUACAGAAAUGCCAAACGUG